AUGACAUUCGAAAGUCUCCGAUUCCGUCACUAUCCCAUGGGAGGACAGUUGUUCAUUCCAGAGAUGCUGCGAGCGGCAGCGCUAGUCCUGGCGCUUAGCUCUACGGCUCACGCUGUCUUCGAAUGCUCCAGCCAAGAGACGACAGCGUUUGUGCGGAUAGCUAGAGCUAGACUCGAUGGAACUCCAGUGGUUGUUUCAACUGCCGGUCACGACCUCACCUGUGCACAGUACUGUCGUAAUAAUAUUGAACCUACAACCGGAGCCCAACGAGUAUGCGCUUCGUUUAACUUCGAUGGACGAGAAACCUGCUACUUUUUCGACGAUGCCGCCUCACCGGCCGGUACCAGUCAGCUGACCGCAAAUCCCUCGGCAAACAAUUUCUACUACGAGAAAACAUGCCUGCCCGGUGUUUCUGCGCACGAAGCAUGCACGUAUCGUUCGUUCUCAUUCGAGCGCAUGCGCAAAACUGUUCUGGAAGGAUUUGUCAGAAAGAGCGUACAGGUGGCAAACAGGGAGCAGUGCUUGUCCGCUUGUCUCAAGGAGAAGGAGUUCGUGUGCAGAUCUGUCAACUACAACUAUGAUUCCUAUCUUUGUGAGCUAAGCACUGAGGACAGGAGAUCCAAACCCACACAUCUUCGCAUGGCUGAUGGAGCCGUUGACUACUAUGAUAACAACUGUCUUUCUCGACAAAACCGUUGCGGACCAUCAGGAGGAAACCUUGUCUUUGUGAAAACCACUAACUUCGAGAUUAAGUUCUACGAUCACACUCAAUCGGUUGAAGCUCAGGAGUCCUACUGCCUUCAGAAGUGCCUCGAUUCCCUCAAUACUUUCUGCAGAUCUGUCGAAUUCAAUCCAACAGAGAAGAAUUGUAUUGUUUCCGAUGAGGAUACUUUCUCAAGGGCUGACCAGCAAGGCCAGGUCGUUGGCAAGGACUAUUAUGAGCCGAUCUGCGUUGCAGCUGAUCUCUCUUCAUCAACGUGCCGCCAACAAGCCGCUUUCGAACGGUUCAUCGGCUCUUCAAUUGAGGGAGAAAUAGUAGCAUCGGCUCAAGGUGUUACAAUCGCGGAUUGCAUCUCGUUGUGCUUUCAGAAUCUUAACUGUAAGAGUAUCAACUAUGACAGAACAGCAUCUACUUGCUUCAUCUACGCUGUUGGUCGUGCUGACGCUAACGUGAAGGCUAAUCCAGCCAUGGAUUAUUACGAAUUCAAUUGUGAAUCACAGUUUGGAGGUAUGGCUCUUUGUACUAAUGAGGGAAUUCGAUUCAUUGUCAACACAAAAGAACCAUACACUGGCGCUAUUUAUGCCGCUGAAAGAUUCUCUACAUGUUCACAAGUCGUAGAAAAUGCGAAGCAAAUCAGCAUAACAUUUCCUCCACCUACUGUAUCAUCUGACUGUGGAACAGUUAUCAGAGAUGGAAAAAUGGAAGCCCUUGUUGUCGUUUCUCUCGACGGUGUCCUCCCUCAUCAGGUAACUACUGAGUGGGACCGUUUCUAUCGAGUAUCUUGUGAUGUAUCCAUGGAUAAGAUGACCAAGGAAGGUUCCGUCGUGGUCACGACUAUCUACGAAGCCAGCUCACAAAAUACAACUGUUCUCGAAGUAGCUACUCCUCCUCCGGUCACGGCCGAACUCACCAUUCUCAACCAACUUGAAGAACCGCUCCAUAAGGCUUCCAUUGGGGACCCUCUUAUGUUAGUAAUCACCUCAGAACAAGCUGGACCACACAAUAUGAUGAUCACAGAAUGUACUGCUACCAGAGUCGGAGGCUUCGGAGACAGCGUACCAUUUACAUUGAUUGAGAACGGCUGCCCGCGAUAUCCUGCUUUGGUUGGACCAGUGGAGCAGGACUUCGAUAAGAAUCGUCUGAAGAGUGAUCUGCGAGCAUUCCGUCUCGAUGGCUCAUAUGAUGUUCAAAUCAUCUGUUCUGUUAUGUUCUGCGCGGGACCUAACGGAUGUCCAGUGUCGAACUGCCUCGAUUCCGGAACUAACGAACUAUUCAUGUCACAUGGACGAAAGAAGCGUUCCACACCCACCACUGAAGGUCAAACCGAAGAAACGCUCUCAGCUAUCAUUCGAGUUCUUGCAAAAGGAGAAGAGGAAGAACUCCUCUCAAACAAUCAAACCACCAGCCUACACAACGUCGGCGACUUAGUCUGCAUGUCAGAAACGUGGUUUGUAUCUUCAGUCGUCUCCGUAUCCGUGCUAUGCUUGAUCUUCUCUGCUCUAAUUGUCGUCUGGGGAUGUCACUCUCUAAACUCUGCAAAAUCGAAACUACCUAUGUAA